AUGCGUAUCCUAUUACUUUUCAUUUUUGGGUUUUCUUUGACUUUAGCAUUUGACAAUGGCUUGGGAAAGAAGCCGCAAAUGGGCUGGAACUCGUGGAACAAGUUUGCAUGCAACAUCAAUGAGACGGUUAUCCUUCAAACCGCCGAGAAAAUGAAAGAGCUUGGUCUUUUGGAGUAUGGCUACGAAUAUAUAGUCAUGGACGAUUGUUAUGCGUUGAAGGAACGGGACCCCAUAUCGCAUAAAAUGGUGGAAGAUGCUGCAAAAUUUCCAAAUGGUAUACGCAGUCUCUCCAGGAGGAUCCAUGAAUUGGGGUUCAAAUUUGGUAUGUAUUCUUCGGCGGGAAAGUACACCUGUGCUGGAUACCCUGGGUCCUUACACUAUGAAAAAAUUGAUGCUGAAACGUUUGUCAAUGAUUGGGAAAUCGACUACUUGAAAUACGACAAUUGCUUCAAUGAAGGUAAUAGUGGAACUCCCCAAAUCAGCUACCAAAGAUACGAGGCAAUGUCCAAAGCACUUCUACAGACCGGAAGACCUGUUUUCUACUCCUUGUGCCAAUGGGGAGAAGACCAGGUUUGGGACUGGGGUUCAACGGUUGCAAAUUCUUGGCGCAUCACCGGCGAUAUAUACGACUCUUUUGAUCGCUACGACGAUAGGUGUCCCUGUCAGACUUAUGAUUGCAGAGCCGUCCAGGGUGGUAUGUGCUCCAUGACCAACAUACUAGAGAAAGCUGUACCUUUAGGUCAAAAGGCUGGUCCAUUUCUGGGAUGGAACGACUUGGAUAGCUUGGAAGUUGGUAAUGGUGGAAUGUCUACCGACGAGUACAAGGCACAUUUCACCUUGUGGGCAAUUCUCAAGAGCCCUCUAGUGUUGGGCAACGAUGUAACUGAUAUGUCAAAGGAAGAUUUUAACAUCGUCACCAAUAAGGCAAUUAUCGCUAUCAACCAAGACGACUCAAAUCCAGCAUAUCGAGUGUGGAAAAAACCUGUUAGUGGUGGUCAUUUACACUUGUUCACCAACAUUUUGAAAGAUGGAACAUUUGCUGUAACUUUGUUCAAUAGCGGCAACAAAGUGAAUAACACUGUUUUGAACUUUGAAGAUAUUUUCCUCACUGAUAGAGUUAAUGCUGCAAAAAGUUUCGAAUUCACCGAAUUAUGGACAAACGAAACUACUUUGGUGAGCAAAGAAUUGUCAACGUCAAUUGAUGCCCACCUGGUAAAAAUAUGGUGGUUGAACUGUCCUAAGGAUAUAUGUAACAAGACCACGAGUGUUAUGCACGAUGAAUUAUAG